AGUUAGCAGUCGCUCACUUGUGCAUAUGAAACUUCAUUCUCCGGGUUUGCACUCAAUAGUAUGGGACCGAAUGGAGUUUUAUUUGGAGAUUGACCCUGUUACCUUGAAUCUUAUCAUUCUGGUAGCUAGUUAUGUUAUUUUGCUUCUGGUUUUCCUGAUCUCCUGCGUGCUCUAUGACUGCAGGGGGAAGGAUCCCAGCAAGGAAUAUGCUCCUGAGGUCCCUGCAGACACCCAGCCUCCGAUCCGGCUGGUGGUGAUGCAGCAGGGCUCCCCCGGCACCCGCUGGGCAAAGGGGCUCGUCUCUGGCUACGAAAACUCCUCUGACCUGCCAGGGAAAAGGACUACUGUUGUGUAA